AUGUCAACAUCAACAACAACCACACCCUCAAAACGCAAAUCCUCCUCCACAACAUCCUCCUCCUCCUCCACCCCCAAAACCAUUCACUUCACCUCGCGCACACCAACAUGGACAUAUCUCAAACUCCAAUUAAUAAACAAUCCCCCCACCACAUCCACACCCCUCGACCCCCUCACAGCCCGAACCUACCUCUCCGCCGCGCUCUCCCAAUUCCUCGGAUUAACGGGUACAUCUAUCCCCAUUGAUAUACUCAAGAUAUCGCCGCCCCGGCCAUCGUGGGCAUCAUCGACAUCUACGGGAGGGAAAGGAGCGGGGUUGGGAAGCACAGUAUGGACACGCGUGCCGCGCGACGAUGCGGCGGCGGUUGUGGCUGCAUUGAGUUCGUGGAUUGGAGGGAGUGCGAGUACGGCGACAAAUACAUCAGGUGCUGGUGGUGAUGUGGGAGGAGGGGGCAGCGUGGCGUGGAGGGUCUGUGCGAAGGGGAAUUAUCUCGGGGCGUUGGUUAAUGGGGGGGGGGGGGAGGUGUUUAUUCCUUGA